AUGGCGAGCGAAGAGACGAAGCAAGUAAACGUGCCAGGAGAUGUUGCUCCUGCCGUUCCAGGAAAUGCAUCAGUGCAGCAGGCAUCCGCGAGUGAGGCGUCGACACAGGGCAAAGAGGAAUUGAACCCUGACGGCACCCCGUUGUCAGACAAGCAGCGUCGCAAACGAGCGGAAAAGGCUGAAAAAGAGCGUGUCAAGGCUGAGAAGGCAGCGCGCCUUGCAGCUGAGCAGGAGGCGCGGCAGGCAGCGGAAGUCGAUUAUGCAGCUGACAACUAUGGUGUACUCCCAAUGAACCAGUCGCAAGAGAAAACGAAUGAGCAGCUGAUGGCUAUCGAGGAUAUUCACCCCGACAAGGACGGACAGCCCAUUACGAUGCUCGCACGUCUACAGACGAGUCGCUCGCCCUCGGCAAAACUCGUGUUCCUGACGUUCCGACAGACAAUGCACUGUGUGCAAGCGACCCUGGCUGUGACGCCAGAGAAGGUAUCGCGGCAGAUGACGAAAUGGGCCGCAUCCAUUACGCCAGAGUCGAUCGUGCGUGUGGAAGGUACCAUCACAAAGGUGCCGAAGCCCGUCGAGUCGCCGUCUGUCACCGUCAAGGAAGCAGAAAUCAAGAUCUCACGGAUUUUCGUUGCCGUGCCGGUGACGUGGGAGGGACAGAUUCCUUUCUAUGUCGACGAUGCAACUCGAUCUGAUGCCGAGAUUGAGGCAUCGCAAGACACCCCGCGUCCGCUGCCGCCCAUUGCUCUUGAUACGCGCCUGGACAACCGCGUGCUGGACCUUCGGACUACGACGAACCAGGCCAUUUUCCGGCUGAACCACGGGAUUUGCCGUUUAUUCCGCGAAUUCCUCGAGAACAAUGGAUUCAUCGAGAUCCAUACACCCAAGCUGCAGGGAGCAGCGACCGAGAGUGGUGCAUCCGUGUUCAAGGUUGACUACUUCAAAGGCAAUGCGUUCCUCGCGCAGAGUCCACAGCUUGCAAAGCAGAUGGCGAUUGCCGCUGACUUUGGCCGUGUGUACGAGAUUGGGCCGGUGUUCCGCGCCGAAGACAGUAACACAAACCGGCACAUGACCGAAUUCACGGGUCUUGAUCUGGAGAUGGCGUUCCAGGAACACUACCACGAAGUCGUUGACCUGUUGAACCAACUCUUUAUGUACAUCUUUAGCGAGCUGCCGAAGCGCUAUUCGGCGGAGAUUGCCACUGUGCGGCGCCAGUACCCUGCGGACGACUUCUUAGUGCCAGAAGCGCCUGUGCGACUUGAUUUCCGCGAGGCCAUCCAAAUGCUCCGCGACGCCGGCUACGAAGUAAACGAUCUGGAUGACCUCAGCACAGAGACGGAGCGUGCACUGGGCAAGAUUGUGCGUGACAAGUACAAGACAGACUUUUAUGCUGUCGACAAAUUCCCAUUGGACAUCCGUCCGUUCUACACCAUGCCUGAUGCGAACGACAAGCGCUACUCGAACUCGUACGAUUUCUUCAUGCGUGGUCAAGAAAUUCUUUCUGGCGCCCAGCGUGUGCAUGAUGCCAAGUUCCUUGAAGAGCGUCUGGCUCAGGCGCAGAUUCCAGUUUCUGCUAUGAAGCAUUAUGUGGAUGCCUUCCGCCUUGGCGCUCCACCGCAUGCCGGUGGUGGCAUCGGUCUCGAGCGUGUCUUGAUGCUAUACCUUGGCUUGGGCAACAUUCGCCGAGUAAGCUUGUUCCCUCGUGACCCUAAGCGUUUGGAGCCGUAG